AUGGAGCAUUUGGGGGUUCCUGUGGGUGAACCUGAGCCGAUCAACUCUCCGAGAGUAUUCUCAACCCUUACAGUCGCUAGUACCCUAAUAAGGAUGAAGAACAACAUGGAAUGUGCCUCUGGUGCAUCUAGUUUUCAAACAGGUGGUAAAUCUUCUGCUCGUUCCAAACAAUCGUCUGCUUAUGUUAUGUCAAUAAGGGCAAAGAGAUUGAAGACAAUGAAUGAAUCGGAGGCAAGUUCCUCCAGUUUGAAAAGCUCCACCAAGAAGGACUCCGAAUUAGUUGAUUCAAGAUUAAGGCAAGGUCCAGGCGUACUUGCUGCAACUCCCAUGUCCUCUCUAUCUUCUCCGGCAACCAUCUUGAGAAAGACUUCGAGAUCUAGUGUCUCAAAAGAAAAGAAGACAAAGGCGCCCCGCGCGUCUAAAUCAUUGAAGGUAACCUCCUCUAAAUCUUUGGCCACUGUGCCUAAGUUGGAUGUUCCUGUAGUGGAACAAGAUGAAUCUGUUUUUUCUCCAUUGAAAGAAACUUCUGAAGGGCCCGUUGUUGAGUCAGUUGGUCCAAAUAUUGAAAAUGCUAACAGGAUUGAGUCUCAUGUUGCUCAACCUGAUCAAGUAGCCGUAGGUGCUACAGAAAGUGCUCAACCAGAACAAGGUGUUGUUCUUACCCUUGUUGCUAGUGAAUCUGCUGAAAAAGACUCUUUAGUAGCCGGGAAGGUUACUCGUGUAGAGCUCCCUGCCGAGCUUGAACCCAGACCUGCUCCAAAACCCGUCGAGGUUGUUGGAAAAGGUAAAGAUAUUGCAACUCCAGUUCCUGAAGAAGUAUCGGAGGCAACAGGCAUUGUUGACCUCGUGUUAGAUCAAGUUAAAUUCAUUACGGCUGAAAAGUUGACAUUUUUUGAAUCAUGGUCCCUAGAAAGAUUGUCUUCCAAGUACAAUGAAACCCUGUCAAAUUCUGCAUUAACCCGAGAGUGGAAGAAGCGUGUAGCCAAUGAGAAGAAAGUUCUCAAGUGGGCUAAAACUUCAGAGGUGGCUGAAGCUCUGAAGAAAAAAGAUCUCGUUGAAGCAUGCUUAUGUGGAAGAGCUUUGUUCUCAAUUCUUGAAGCCAGAAAGGCUAAUUUCAACCCUGUUGAGAAAGGUUCUGAAAUUGAAGUGAAAGUGUUAAAGAGGUUGGAUGAUAUCAUGGACAAUUACGUCUCAGUUGCUUCCCGAUACGUUCAUGGCGCAAAUUGCUCUGGUGCAAAACCAUUUGAUGAUGAUGAACCGAUGGAUAUCCUUGAUGCUGAUGAUGAUGCCGAUGAGCUAGAUGAUGCUCUUCUAUUUGAAUUCGGGAAUCUUUCUGCUGAAGAAAUACAUAUUCUGGAUCAACCCAUUCAAGAGAAUCCUCAUGAAGAAGAAGUAAUUGUUCAAGAGCCUAAACAAGCUCUUGAAACAAAUGAAGAAGAAGUGAUUGAAGAAGAUGUGAUUGAGGAAGCUGCUCAAGCUCCUAUUGAAGAAAAUUCUGUAAUAUCCCCUGUUUUGAGAACAGAGGAAGCCCAAGAAAAGGUGGUUGAGGUUACUCAGCCAGAGAUUAUCAUAUCUGAUGGGGACCCCUCCAAAGAUAAGGAUGUUGAAGAAGAAAGUUCCUCAUCUGAGGAGGAACAGGAUCAAUACGCAAGUUAUGCAAGGCCCCUUCUAUUCCCCAACACCAUUGUGGGAAGUGUUCAUGAAAAUGUCAACAAUCCUCUCCAUUACUCUGGUGAUCUUUAUGAAAGAUUUCAGAGAGCUGAGAAAGGGAAAUAUUAG